GUUCUCAAUGGUGGGUCGCUGGUCUGUUCUAAUAGGGUUUUGGACAUCAGGGGAAAAAACAAUUAAAAAUAAAACUAACCAUAUAAUUGAGCAGUUAGGAUACAUAGUUAGGAUAUAAACGGAUGGCCAAAAGUUUGGAAUAAUGUACAGAUUUAGCUGUUUCGGAAGGAAAUUGGUACUUUAAUUCACCAAACUGGUAUUCAACUGAUCACAAAGUAUAAUCAGGACAUUACUGAUGUAAAAAAAACAGCACCAUCACUAUUUGAAAAAAUACAUUUUUGAGCAAAUCUAGACAGGCCCCAUUUCCAGCAGCCAUCACUCCAACACCUUAUCCUUGAGUAAUCAUGCUAAAUUGAUCAUUUGGUACUAGAAAAUCACUUGCCAUUAUAUCAAACACAGUUGAAAGCUUUUGGUUCAUUAAAUUAAGCUUAACAUUGAAGUUGAAAAAAAAAAAAAAAAAAAACUGGUCAAAAAAUUAUUUUAUGAUACAUUUUAGUUCAGAAAGUAUGAACAUCAGCAAAACAAUUAGCACACUAUUUAAAUACAUUUAAAUGUCAAACACCAACACAGUCAUUUCUCACUUUGUUUAUUAUAGCUGCUGCAAUGAAACUACACAUUACUAUGAACUUUGAAACUCUAUAUUCAACAUGAACAUGAAGUCUGCCAUGUUAUCAUAGAUCAUAAAGGUGCACUCAGAAAUGUAUUCCAAAAAAGCUUUACACCUGGAGAAAUUAAUAGUAAUUUUAAAACAUGUAUUCAAUCAUGAGCACUCAUGAGAUGAAGACUCAAGUCAUAUCAGUAUAAAAGCUGUUUUAAUCUACACGGAGAGGAUCCCCUCAUGGGGGCUGCCAUGUUGAGAUCACAUGACCAGCUGAAUUCAACAAAUGAUGCCAAAAAAAUAAAUAAAUUACUGAGUGCACUUUUAAAAGGCUGUGUAAUUUCCACAGAAAGCUGUUUGCCAUUGGUUGUACAAACAAUUAGUCCUGCCUCAAACUCACAUCAUUGGUCAAUCCAAUGUUGCUGUCUAUUAUAGUUUUAAAUAAAAUCAACCUACAAAUGGUUUACUGUACUUAUAGUUGACUCUGCAUUUCGAGGUGGGAUGAGAGAAAUAAAUUUAACAUUAAAAAAUUGCAGACAUUUGUAGCUAUAUUUUGUGUUAACAUUUAUUAUUGGUGUGUUAACAAACAAACUAUACAUGAAUAGCUACAUAUGAAUUAUUCAUUAAAAUAGCAUUUUCGUUGAUUUCAUCAUUUUGUAGACUUUUUUGUCACUAUUUCAUGAACAGUAUUUUGUUGUUUAAAAGUCUAAAACGAGCGUCAUGAGAUCACAUUGUGUAUCCAUGCUAAAACUACACUACCCAUGUUGCAUUGCAAUGAAAACAGGAAGAAAGCGACCAUGAGGAAAUAUUGUCAAAAAUGAAUCAGAGAGUGCUCGAGGGAUACUGUGCGCUGGUGUGAGCGGUGGACACAACCCCUAAAAGCCCACAGCAUAUGGAGGAGAUCGACGCUUUUACUGUUCAGAGAAUAAGCGUUCCAUGAGUUGAAUUCCUGCUGUUUGACAUCUCAUAUGAUGGAACGGGCGAUGGAGCAGCUGAAUCGGUUAACGCGCUCAUUGCGCCGCGCCAGGACAAUAGAGCUCCCCGAAGAUAGUGAAACAGCUGUGUACACACUUAUGCCCAUGGUCAUGGCAGACCAGCACAGGUCAGUUUCUGAAUUGCUUUUAAACUCCAAGUUUGAUGUCAACUAUGCCUUUGGACGUGUUAAAAGAAGCCUCCUACACAUCGCUGCCAACUGUGGGUCAGUAGAGUGUCUCAUCCUGCUGUUAAAACGUGGAGCGAAUCCAAACUACCAGGACAUUUCCGGCUGUACACCUCUGCAUCUGGCAGCAAGAAACGGACAGAAGAAAUGUAUGGGCAGACUGUUAGAGUUCAACGCUGAUGUCAAUAUCUGCAAUAAUGAAGGCUUGACUGCUAUUCAUUGGCUGGCUGUGAAUGGAAGGACAGAACUGCUUCAUGAUCUAGUUCAGCAUGUGUCUAAUGUGGAUGUGGAAGACGCUAUGGGCCAGACAGCAUUACAUGUCGCCUGUCAGAAUGGACACAAGACUAUGCACAAUGGACAAAGCGGUGCCCAAAGGAAGAACUUUCCAUGGUUCGAGAUCAUGGACAGUGUGCUGGUACAUCGUCCCGCUGUUAGUGGAGAGACCACUUGGGACACCAUGGCAGUUAAAACAGUGCAGUGUCUUCUGGACAGUGGAGCAGACAUCAACCGACCCAAUGUAACUGGAGCCACUCCACUCUAUUUCGCCUGCAGUCAUGGUCAGAGAGACACUGCUCAAAUACUACUCUUCAGAGGAGCAAAGUAUCUGCCAGACAAGAAUGGGGUCACACCUCUUGAUUUGUGCGUGCAGGGUGGAUAUGGCGAAACAUGUGAAAUUCUCAUCCAGCAUCAUAGCAGACUGUUUCAGAUGCUGAUACAGAUGACCCAGAAUGAAGACAUCAAAGAGAACAUGCUCCGGCAAGUGUUAGAGCAUGUCUCGCAGCAGAGUGACACCAACUACCAGAGGCUUCUCACCAGCUUGGCUGAGGUGGCCACUACAAAUGGACAUAAACUGCUCAGUUUGUCCAGUAACUUUGAGGUCCAAACAAAGAGUUUACUCCGGAUUAUCCGCAUCUUCUGCCAUGUGUUCUGUCUCGGACCUUCCUCUCCAAAUAAUGGCAAUGACAUGGGCUACAACGGCAACAAGACGCCCCGCAACCAGGUGUUUAAGCCUCUAGAGCUGUUAUGGCACUCGCUGGAGGAGUGGCUGGUGCUCAUCUCCACUGAACUGGAUAAAGAGUGCAGAGACGCCUGCGUGUCGUCCUCAGGAAAUGACAUCGCCUCACUUCUCCUGAAGAAGCAGGAGUCUGACCCCUCUGUGUCCAGUGAAACCCCUCCACGGCUGCUGAACACUAAAGCCGUGAUAGUGACGCCGGAGGGAUACGUCGAUGGCCAGGAUGUCAUGUCCAUGAUAGCCAAUCGCCUGAGUGCUGUGAUACAGGCCUUCUACAUGUGCUGCUCAUGUCAGAUGCCACAUGGCAUGACGUCCCCUCGAUUCAUCGAGUUUGUCUGUAAACAUGAUGAGGUGCUCAAGUGUUUUGUCACAAGGAAUCCAAAAAUCAUCUUCAAUCACUUCCACUUCCUGCUGGAGUGUCCUGAGCUCAUGUCUCGAUUCAUGCAUAUCAUCAAAGGCCAGCCGUUUAAAGACCGGUGUGAGUGGUUUUAUGAACAUCUUUUGGCCGGACAGCCAGACUCUGAUAUGGUGCACCGGCCGGUUAAUGAAAAUGACAUUCUACUGGUUCACAGAGACUCAAUUUUCCGCAGCAGCUGUGAGGUUGUGUCCAAAUCCUCCAAUGAGAAGCUCAAACAAGGCAUCGCCGUUAGGUUCCACGGUGAAGAGGGCAUGGGUCAGGGUGUGGUCAGUGAGUGGUUUGACAUUCUAUCCAAUGAGAUCAUCAACCCAGACUAUGCACUGUUUACACAAUCUGCAGAUGGUACCACGUUUCAACCCAACAGUAACUCCUCAGUCAACCCAGAUCAUCUGAACUACUUUAGAUUUGCUGGUCAAAUCUUGGGUCUGGCGCUCUACCAUCGCCAGCUGGUCAACAUUUACUUCACACGCUCCUUUUACAAGCACAUACUGGGUAUCCCAGUGAGCUACCAGGAUGUGUCUUCCAUUGACCCAGAGUAUGCCAAGAACCUGCAGUGGAUUCUGGACAAUGACAUCAGUGAUCUUGGCCUAGAGUUGACCUUCUCUGUAGAGACGGACGUGUUUGGAACCAUGGAGGAGGUGCCUCUCAAACCAGGAGGAACUACUAUACAAGUCACACAAGACAAUAAGGUGGAGUAUGUGCAGCUGGUGACGGAGCUACGGAUGACACGAGCGAUCCAGCCCCAGAUCAAUGCGUUCCUGCAGGGCUUCCACACUUUCAUCCCCCCCUCACUCAUCCAGCUCUUUGAUGAAUAUGAGCUGGAACUGCUGUUGUCUGGAAUGCCAGAGAUUGAUGUGAUGGACUGGAAGAGAAACACAGAGUACACAAGUGGCUAUGACCUGCAGGAGACUGCUAUACAGUGGUUCUGGGAAGUGGUUGAAAAUAUCACUCAAGAGGAGAGAGUCCUUCUUUUACAGUUUGUUACAGGAAGUUCACGAGUCCCUCAUGGAGGAUUUGCGUUUCUAAUGGGCGGCAGCGGUCUGCAGAAGUUCACUAUCGCCGCCGUGCCAUACACAUCCAACCUACUGCCUACCUCUAGUACAUGUAUUAACAUGCUGAAACUCCCAGAGUACCCCAGUAAGGAUGUCCUGCGAGAUCGGCUGCUAGUCGCACUUCAUUGCGGGAGUUAUGGCUAUACCAUGGCCUGACGCAAGCUUAUGUUUGCUGGGACUCAAUGGACAUACAACACGCACAUGACUCACUUCAGGGAUUCUUCAACACUCCUCUGAUUCAGAAGCCUUUUGUUAACUUUUAAUAUGUUUUGCAUAAGCAAAUCUAUGUCAAGGACACAUCAAUGAAUAAUUAUGUUAAUUAGUGAUCAUUCAGGCGCUUAUGCCAUUGUGUAUGAGUGAACCUUGUGAAAACAUAACCAGGCCACAUUUCAUCCCAAAAUCAAAAGUAAAAAUGAUGUGAUAUAAUUUGCAUAAAAUAAAUAAAGCCUUUUUUUUUUUUUAGUAAUAAUGGGAAAUUUUGGGGGGUGUUUUUUAUUUAUUUAUUUAUUUUUAUUUAUUUUUUUUUUACACAUCUUAAAUUUCUAUUUUUGUAAUGUUCAUUAUUUUCAGUGGUGAUUCUCAUUACUAUACAUCUAACACAGUGAUUUUUGUUUUGUAGUACAAAAAAAAUUAAAAAAUACUGUUAGAUAGUGAUUAUUUUUUAAAUUAAUCAAAAUAAACAAAAGCCAGUACAACUACUGUGAUGCAUAAAUGCUUUUUAUACCCCCGCAUUGCAGUAAUGACAGUACGAUUUUAAGACCGUUGAUUUUAAGAUUUUAAAAAUUCCAAGUGAAGAUGAAUUUAACUCUCAUGAGAAUAAUGUCACUAUGCCAAAAUCGUAAUGUCUUAAACAGUGUCAAAAAUGUAUUUUUACAUUAAAGGGCAAAUUUUGCCCCCUGAAUUUGGUUUUAUGGGGAUUUUUUUUUUUUUUUUUUUUUUUUUUUUUGUCAAAUACAUCAGUUCAAUCAAAUCAACUCAUUAUGAAAUAUUCUCAACAUUGAGAAUUUAUUACCUCUUACCCUAAAAAUGUAAUUAAAUAUUCAUGCCAUAUAUAUGUUUAACUAAGACUAAAAUAGAAUAUUCUAUAAAACUAUAUCAGAUAAAAAAUAUAUAUAUAAAUUCAUUGCGGGACAUUUUUUUGCUCCCAUAUUUUGAAUUAAUAGCUUUUUUUUUUUUUUUGGCAUUUUUAUCCCCGAGCUACACCCAGCAACACCCCCCCCCAACCCCCUAAUUUCUGACCCUGUUCUUAAAGUGGGCUUCAUUUUCUUUAUGCAAAAUACAAUGUAUUUAUUUCUUCACAUUGUGUGGUGAAAUAUGACCCAGACAUGUUAAUGCUUAGAGCACUGCAAAACAAAAACAUUUUCAAGCAUAAACGUCAUACAAUUUUUGUAAGAUUUCUCUGAUAACAAGAAGACAUAUCUUAUGCCAAUGUUUUUUUUUUUUUUUUUUUUUUGCAGUGUAAGAGUCACCUUUACAACAUUCCAAAUGACUUCCCAGUGCAUACAGCCUGUGUUACAUGCAAGUGUCAGAUUCCUUUUACAGUAUUAAGUGAACUCCAGGCUGUAUUAUUUCAGGGAUGAUGCUGUUUAACUCACAUCAUGCUUGAAGUGUGUGUGUGUGUGCACAUGAAACAUAGAAAUAUUUAUAGCUUUUAUCACAACUUAUAUAAACAAAACUAUUGCAUUUUUUUCCUGAUAUGUUGUUUUAUUUGUCUGUUGUAUGACGUGCUCUAAAAAGUUUAUAUUGUCAUGAUCAUUGUGGCAUAUAUAUAUAUAUACACACACACACAGUACUGUGCAAAAGUUUUAGGCACUAAAGAUGUUUCACAAAAACAUUUGUCUUAAGAUGGUUAUUUAUAUCUUCAACUUUAGUGUGUCAAUAGGAAAAAUACAUUUAGACUCCCAAACAUUACUUUUGCAAAUUGAAAAGAUUAGAAUAGAAGAACAGGGAGCCCUGCAACAGAUGGCAUUGCACCCACAAACCCCCCACUGAACAUUGAGUCAGUCUGAGAUUACAUAAAGAGACAAAAGCAAUUGAAACAGCCUAAAUAGAUAGAAGAACUGUGGUGAAUUCUCCAAAAAGCUUGGUACAUCCUAUCUGCCAACAGCCAAGAAAAACUGUGUCCAGGUGUACCUGGUGCUGUUUUGAAGGCAAAGGUGGUCACACCAAAUAUUGAUUUAGCUUUUUUAUGUUUACUGGACUUUGUAUGAUGUUAAUUCAUAAAUCAAAAAUAAUGCCAUAAAUAGUUUGACAUCCUCACUAUGCAACAUUUUUCACAACUGCCUAAAACUUUUGCACAGUACUGUGUAUGUGUAUAUAUAUAUAUAUAUAUAUAUAUAAUUAGUUCAAGAAUGAUUCAUUUUAUAUUUAUGUAUGAAUUGUGCAGUUAAGUUGUUCUAUAAACAUAUCUAAUACUGUUUUGGUUGUGCCAAAUAUUCUCACAAACAUAUCAACUAUAAAGUUUCUUCUUGUAAAAGAAGGAUGUGGCCAUGCUGGAAACUAUUAAUUUUGAAAAGGGAAGUAAUAUCAUUUUAGGAAUGGAAAAUAUCAUCUUUAGCAUUGGUGAUGGUUAAGUGAUAACUCUGUGAUAAUAUGAAAAUGCUGAUAUUAAUUUAUUCUGAUUAAUCAUGAUUUGGGACUUUAUUUAUUUGUAUUUGUAAUAACAGUGUAUAUACUACACUAUCUUUUGGAUAUUUUCAGGUGGGCAUCACAGACAU